AUUAUCUAUCACUCAAUUAGUUUCUGAAUACAUAACCACAGAACACCUGUGUGUUCUGUGACAUAACCUUCUUUUUUUUUCAUUUUGGGUUAGUCAUAUAUUUUCUCGCACUUAUUCAUUGCAAUAUUAUUGUGACUUUAUAUGUUUACGUGUUUGAUGAAGUUCGCAAAUCGAUUUCGAAGUUACAUUUUACUUUGCAUAACUUAGUAAGACAAGAUCAGGUGAUAAAAAAUUCUAUCACUACCUAUUUGAUUUUCUUGUAGAGUGAUAGUUUUACUUGACAUAACUAAGUAAGAUCACCAUCAUGGCAAGAAAGUAUUCAGCAAAUUUUUAUAAGAAAGUGAAAAUCCAGACGGACAUGAGCCUGAGUUAUCCGAAUAUUCCACCCUCUGCUUCUUUUUCUUCGAUAGUUGAGAAUGAGAUCAGGAAUGAAGAUGAUGUUGAAAUGCACAUGCCGGAAUUGCAAAACCCAGUGCAUGAGUUGAAUGAGAUGGAAAAUAUUGAGUUAAUUAAGGAAGGAAAAGGUGGACACAUUUCUGAAUAUUCAUUCCCAAUAUUAGAUUCUCUUCAAACAAAAACUAGCCAUAUUGAUAACAAGAAAGUUGAUAAAGAGGAAGAUAUUAAGUCUAAGUUGAAAUUGUGGUCAAUUAAAUAUAAUAUAAGUCACGUUGCUCUAAGUGAUUUAUUGAAGAUAUUAAAAAGUUCAAAAGCCCAGUUAGAUGAACUUCCGAAUGAUGCUCGUACUAUUUUAUCAACAAAGCGAACCAUUGAUGUAAGAAAUAUUGAUCCAGGCUCUUAUUGCCACGUUGGUAUUACUGAGGCUGUGACUUAUCUCUGUACGAAAAAAUGUUAUGAUAAAAUAGAAUUGCUCAUUAAUAUUGAUGGGUUACCUCUCAGCAAAAGCUCUGGCAGUCAAAUAUACCCAAUUCUUUGUUCUCUAUAUGAUGAUCCAAGAGAAGUUGCAGUUAUUGGUGUAUACCAUGGUUAUGAGAAACCUUCGAAUGCUAAUGAUUUUCUGGGAGAAUUUGUCCAAGAUGCAGUGGAACUAUCUAAUAAUGGCAUUAAAGUGAAUGGUGCUUGCAUUCCCUUCAAAAUUAAAGCGUUCAUUGCUGAUGCUCCAGCCAAAUCGUUUAUUUCCUAUACCAAGGGUCACACAGGAUUUUUUUCGUGCACCAAAUGUGUGCAAAAAGGAGAAUUCAUUAGAAAUCGUACAUGUUUCCCCAAGAUAAAUUCUAAAAAAAGAACUGAUAAAGAUUUCAGACAAAAGAAUCAGAUACAACAUCAUACAGGAACUUCAGCCCUUGAAAAUAUACCUGAUUUCAACAUGGUAAGUGAUAUUCCCUUGGAGUAUAUGCAUUUAAUUUGUCUUGGUGUGAUGAAAAAGCUCAUUGUUAAUAUAUGGAUAUAUGGUAAACCUUCUUUCAAAUUAGGAUCAUCAGCAGUUGGGGAAAUAUCCAGUAUGCUGCUAUCUUUUCAAAAUCACACCCCCAUAGAAUUUGCUAGAAAACCUCGUUCGCUGGAUGAUGUUAAAAGAUGGAAAGCUACAGAAUUUCGUUUUUUUCUUUUAUAUUCUGGUCCAGUGGUUUUGGAAAAAUUUCUACCUCAAGCGCAGUAUCAAAAUUUUAUAUGCCUGCACAUCGCCAUCAGAAUAUUAUGUAAUGAAACACAUAUUGCUGAUAAGGAAUAUUUUGAACUGGCUGAAUCUCUUCUGACAUAUUUUGUUCAAGAUUUUGGGAAUAUUUAUGGUCAAGAAUUUAUAUCCCAUAACAUUCAUGGACUGGUUCAUAUUGUUGAUGAUGUAAAAAUGUUUGGUAAGCUGGAUCACUACAGUGCAUUCCCAUUUGAAAAUUUCAUGCAAGUUUUAAAAAACAUGGUCAGAAAACCUGAUAAGCCGCUUUCCCAAAUCAUGAAGAGAUUGUCUGAAAGGAUGAAAGUUCCAAAAACAAAAAACAUUGGAGUUUUAAAAUAUGAACGUCAUCAUAAUGAUGGUCCUACUCUAGAAGGAUACUCUACACAAUUUGAGUUGGUCAGAUUUGACUAUUUCACAAUUAAUAUAAAGAGGUCAGGUGAUACAUUUUGCUUACUGCAAGAUGGCAACAUUAUGAAAGUAUACAAUUUCAUAGCAAAGAAGGAACAAAUAUAUGUAUAUGGAAAAGUUUUUACAGAAACAAGUGAUAUUUUUUCUCGUCCAAAUAGUUCAUGUGACUCAUCUGACAUUGAUGUUUAUUUUGUGAGAAAGGAAAGCUCAUUAGAAACCAGGCUUUUGGAUAGUGUCUCAAAAAAAAUGGUAGCUUUUCCACAUAAUGAUGGAUAUAUUGUAUUCCCCUUUUUGCACGAUUGCUGAAAUAUAUCCAAAAAUAUUUUAUUUCAGAAUAAUUAGAAUUUUUAAGAUGUAAUUGCAAUGAAUUGAUUUCUAUUGAUUUAUUCAGAAAAAAUUAUAUUACUAGAUAUUUCAAAAUGAUUUUGUGAUACUUUCACCAUUUUUUAUAACUGUCGCUAUUUUUUUUAUCCAGGUUUUGAACCUAACUAAUAUUAAUGAAACUUGGAGUGAGAUGGUGCUCUUACUUAAGUGAUAUUAGACAUCGAAAUCAGUUUGGCUUUCGAAUUAGAAACAAAAAUGAAUUGUAUUUUAAACUGUAUUUUUCAUAAAUUUCAGUCACAAGUUACAAAGUUUUUUAUCAGGAUAUAAUUUUGUUAUCUAGUAGUUUUUGUUCACUUCAUUAUCAUGAAUGCUUGGAGAGUGGUCCAUUUUCUAAAGGAGGAUACAGUAGAAGCGGUACCAGUCUCCUGGUUGAGAGGCUCCAACCAAUGUCACUGGCCUCCCUUCAAUAGGCUGAAGCUCAAGACAGCGAUCAAUAAAUGUAUGCCACCUUCUUCAAACUGGGACGUACAUGAAACACGAGUAAUUGGGGAAAUAUAUGGAGAUUUAUCUGUUGCCCGAAUGAAGGCUCUAGAAGCGGAGAGUACCUCUGAUUUGAAUUCUGAUUCUGAUCUAUUAGGGUUGGGACAUAGAAAAAUCAGAAUGAAUAAAAAAUAUCAGGAUUCUGAAUCAUCAGAACAAGACAAAGAGGAUAGUCUAUCACCAGAAGCAUCUAAAAUUAUGAUGCCUACCCUCAAAAGAAGAGAGGAAAAAACAUCUGUGGCCCCUUCAGAUGAUGAUUUAGGAUUUGAGUCAUACGUAGGCUCUGAUAAUGCAGGUGAAGCAUCUAAAAUUGUGAUGUCUACCCUUAAAAGAAGGGAUAAAGAAAGCGCUGUGUACCCUUAUUCAGAUGAUGAUUUAGGGAUUGAGUCAAACGUCCCAGGAUUUGAUAAUGCAGGAAAUCCACUUAGAAUUGUCCCAGGAAAUCCAGACAGAAAUGAGGCAGAAUGUACAGCAACAGAGAUCGAAGGGAGCUACUACAAUAGACAGUAUUACUUGAAAGAUGAGCAGUUUAAGCGGCAAGUACUGCGAAAUCUGUCCAUUUUAAAUUUUAAACUGGAUCAGUUGGCUGAUGAUAUAGGUAGAUUAGCGCUUAAAGAAAAUACUGUAACAACAAACCUUCCUCCAUCAGUAUUUUCAAAAUUCAAUUUUCCAUUAGCAACUGAGGAAGAACUGCACAAUUUUGAGAGUCACUUGGCAGACAGAGAGAAGUACCAGCAAGUGCAAUUGGAAUUAUCAAGAAUUGGUGGUGGUACCACCAAAAUUAUGGUACGACGUUUAAUGGAGAAGCUUAUAAGCAGUCAACUUGGUGUUGAGUACAGUUGGAUAGGAUUUAAGAAAAAAAAGAACUUCUCAGUUUUACUCAUAUCCAAAGUACUCAUAGAUGCUGUAUUGGCUGUGCAUAAAAAUUCAAAUGCAGCGGAAGUGGAAGCAUCAGCCAAACAAUGGCUGGUUAAGUGUAAGGAGCGAUGCACCAAAGAAAAAUAAUUUAUAUUAUUAUAAGAAUAUUAU